AUGGCUAACGGUACGGAUUCGGGGGAAUUUCUGGUACUGUCACGGGUUAGAACGGGCUUGAAGAGGGAGUUUGAGUUUGCAUUGAAGGUGCAGUCUGAGAUCUGUGGCUCAUUGGGACGAACGCGGUCAAGGAAAACCAUGAACGGGAUGUUGAAUAAUGCCGCAAUUAGCAACCAGAGUGCCAAGAAAAAUGGCAACAAGAAAUUGAAGAGCUGUGACUUGAAGGAGGCCGGCACGAAUAAGGAUGUCGACAAAGAUCAAGGCAUGCGAAAUUUGGGGGACCCUAUGAAGAUUGACGAAGCUGGAAUUAAUGAGGAAGAAGAAGAAGCCAAGAGUGAUGUGUUGGACUUUGAGGAAGCAAAGGUUGAUUCGCCUGAGUCAGUGAAAGAGGUGGGUGGUUAUGAUGAGGCUAUAAUGCACAUUGGUGAGGAAGAGUCUGUUUUAAUGGAACUGGGGAAAUCCAUGCGUGAAGAGGAGCAGGAGAAGACUAGACAAGAGGGAGGUGAAGGAGCCGAGAAGUCUUUAUCAAAUGGUCACGGUUUUAAGUUUGAAGCGGAGCAAAGGAAGGAUAAAGAUGAAAAGAAUGACUACGGAAAAGCCGGAAUGGACAAGGAAAAGCAUGGAAGUGAACUCCAAUUGAAAGAACCCGAUAAGGCCUUGGUGGAUGUUCGAGAAGAAAAUAAAGAAGAUUUGGUGGAAGAUGUUUUGAAGAAGAAAGAAAUAAGUUUACUCAAUGUGGCGGAUUCUAAGGGCUCUCCAGUUACCAUUUUGCGAUGUGUUAAUAAUGUUAAGGUGGGAACUGGGUUGGUUGAAAAGCCUUCAAGGAGGUUUACUCGGUCAUUAUUGAAACCGAAGGUGGAGAUCAGUAAGAAAUCUGCCCCGAUAAGUGAUUCCCAUAAGACCAGUGUCAAAGGAAUUGGUGAUCGGGGUAAUGGUAAAGGAACAGAUUAUGGGAGUUGUCCAACAGUUGCUACUCCUACAAAGCUGGGGAUGAAAAUUUCAACAAGGAGUUUCCCCACAAAGUUGAAAGAUCUUCUUGAUUCGGGUAUACUAGAGGGAGUUGAUGUGAAAUACCUACGAGGUUCGAAGGCAAGAGGAAGAGGUACUGCUACAGGCCUUAGAGGAGUAAUUGUAGGCUCAGGAAUAUUGUGUUUUUGCAGUGCUUGCAAUGGAAAUGAAAUUGUGAAUCCAACAGUAUAUGAGUUGCAUGCGGGUAGUUCCAAUAAGCGUCCACCAGAGUAUAUUUUCCUGGAGAAUGGGAACACUCUCCGUGAUGUAAUGAAUGCAUGCAAGGAUGCUUCAUUGGGAAAGCUGGAGGAAACACUUAGCAAAGCAGUUGGUCCAUUCAUGAAGAAAUCAAGAUUUUGUUUGAAUUGCAGAGAAUAUCUAUUUUCUCAUCAUAGGGUCUUUUCCUGA